CUGGUCCUGAGCCAAGUCAAAAGCAAAGCAGCGUAAAUUCGAGAUGUUUCACAGAAAGUGCAAGUGCAAAGUUGUUUUUAUUUAAACAAGAAAACUAUACCGAUUCCAUCGCAAAGACAAUAUCCUUUUGAUUUCUAAUGCUUUAAUUUAAUUCAGAAUUUACUUCGUUAGUUGCUCAUUCAAAUGUAAGAAGUUACAGAACUUGAUUUCAAAAACGACGGAAAAGUUUCAGAAGAACGGAAAAAAUGACUCAGAAGCAAAGUCUGCUGGAAUCUUCCGACGAUGAUGUGAGUGGAAACGAAUCUCAUAUAACCAACGGAGACCUAACACUUAAUCUCGCGGAGCGAGAAGACGGCGGCGAAGCGAUCCAGAAUGAGCCUGUGUUUGUUUUGAGAAGACGGAAGCGGGGACAGUCACAAUACGAGAGCUUGGACUACGACGUCUGCGAGAAUGUGCUGUGGAAUGAGGAAAACCGCAAAAUCGAGCAGCGUACGACGGUGAAGAAGGACUUUGCACGAUGGAUUAUUUCGAUGAAAAUUGGCAUCGGAACGGCCCUGGUAGCGUGCGUAAUCAACAUCGUCAUCGAUCAACUGUCCCUGCUGAAGUACACAUUUCUGAAGCACGAAGUCGACAAAAAUGUUAUAAGUGGUGAUCUCAGCAUUCCCUAUCUCUACUGGGUGUUGACCAAUGUGGUUCCGGUUGUGAUUGGUGCCACGUUGGUAGCCUAUGUGGAACCAGUGGCCACCGGUAGUGGAAUACCGCAGGUCAAGUGUUACUUGAACGGAGUCAAAAUUCCCCGAAUUGUACGAAUCAAAACGUUGGCAGUGAAGGCGGUGGGCGUGAUAACAUCGGUCGUUGGUGGACUUGCCGGUGGCAAGGAAGGACCAAUGAUUCACAGCGGAGCGGUCAUUGCGGCCGGGCUAUCGCAAGGAAAAAGUACUACAUUUCGAACCGAUUUGAGAGUAUUCAAAUACUUUCGGGAUGAUCACGAAAAGCGUGAUUUUGUGGUUGGCGGUGCGGCGGCUGGUGUAGCUGCGGCCUUCGGUGCCCCAAUAGGAGGCAUCCUUUUCUCGUUGGAAGAAGCAGCCAGCUUCUGGAAUCAAUCGUUGAUAUGGAGAACGUUCUUCGCUUCCAUCAUAAGCUCUUUUACGCUGAACCUUGUCCUUUCCGCUUAUCAUGGCCUGAACAGCUUCCGUUAUCGAGGUCUGUUCAAUUUGGGCGAAUUCGAGCCGUUACCUUUCGAGUACUAUGAGCUACCAAUCUUUAUUCUGAUGGGUGUGUUUGGUGGAACGUCCGGGGCUUUCUGGAAUUGCAUCAAUAAUCAGAUCAACAUCUUUCGAGCUCGAUUUAUCAAAGCGCGAUGGGCUAGAGUUAUUGAAGCGGCGUUCGUGGCGGCCAUUGGAGCUACGUGCGCCUGUGCGAUGGCCUAUUUGAUCAACGAUUGCCGACCGCUUGGUAACGAUCCAACGGAAACUCCAGUUCAGCUGUUCUGCGAAGACAACGAAUAUAAUGCGGCUGCUGCGCUUUGGUUCCAAACUCCGGAGGCAACCGUCAGAGCUUUGUUCCACGACCCACCCGGGUCACAUCAAAUUCUCACACUUGCUGUGUUUGUAGUGAUUUAUUACCCGUUGUCAUGUGUUACAUACGGCCUUAGCGUAUCGCUCGGUAUUUUUAUUCCUACGUUGCUGGUUGGGGCUGCCUGGGGUCGACUGACCGCUACGUUCAUGGUUCUAGUUUUCCCCAAAUCGAGUAUGUUUGUCCUUCCGGGCAAGUACGCAUUGAUUGGAGCGGCCGCUCAGUUGGGAGGUGUCGUGAGGAUGACGCUCAGUCUGAGCGUUAUCCUGCUUGAAACGACGGGCAAUAUCGAGUUUGCGCUGCCAAUAAUCCUUACACUGGUGGCCGCAAAGUGGAGCGGCGAUUACUUCAACGAGGGCGUGUACGAUAACCAGAUUAAGACAUCGAAGGUGCCAAUGUUGCCAUGGCACGUGGAUCCGGCCCUGCAGCAGAACAUUUCCGAAGAUAUUAUGAAUCAGCCGGUUAUUUGCGUUCGUCGUAAAGAGAAGGUGAACUAUAUAAUAGAUAUCCUGAAAAACACCAACCACAAUGGAUUCCCCGUUAUUGAAGACGACGGAAAUGGUAAUCGGGAGAAUGGAAAACUGAUUGGCCUUAUUCUGCGCUCCCAACUGGUGGUCAUUCUGAUGCGAAGCAUGUACAUCGAAACGAGUCGCUUUUGGAAGGAUCUUGUUACAAUUGAAAACUUCAGAAAGGAAUAUCCUCGCUACCCCACUAUCGAGGAUUUGAAAAUCAGCGAAGACAAAACCCUGCGCAACUACACCGUCGAUAUGAGCCUCUUCAUGAACCCCUCGCCGUACAGCGUGAAUCUGAAGACAUCGGUACCGCGCAUCUUCCAGCAGUUUCGGGCACUGGGCCUGCGACACCUGGUCGUUGUUACGGGAGAAAAUCGCGUACGCGGUAUUAUCACUCGGAAGGACUUCCUUCCGGAGCUGUGAUCAAUCGUUGGCUACAGUGUGAUGCAUGACACCCAUAGGGAAUGUGAUUCCCACUAAUUUUCAUUAAGUUUUAAACCAUUGAUUUGAUGUUUUUAUUCGUCUCACUUUAUUUUGAUGUCUCAUAAGUGUAAGCAAUGCAAGACUGUGUCUAGAAAUAAUCCUAUUGAUGCAAGUGCCGAAAAUCAAAACAAGUCGCUACGCGAGCUAAAAUGUCUUUUAUAUAAAUUGUCACGAAAUUGAAUUCAAUAGAUUCGUUUUAGGGAAUCAAACUAAAUACAAAAAUGUAAAUUAUGUACCCAAAA